AUGAAAUCUCCUCAUUCUGAAACUAAACCUACACCUACACCGAUACCGACAUCUGCAUCCACGCGUAAAACGACACGUCGAUCAUCGAUACUACGUUCAACUUCAACGAGGAAUGAAACCGAUACACCGACACAAACACAUGCUCAGAAUCAGACUCAAGCCCCCUUAACAAGAGUAUCUACGUCCGGAAGUGUACAUACUCGAAACGCUUUAAGGAGAAUGGCAACCCAUGAAACAGGUGAUUUCCUUCCUGAAGAUAAUAUAAAUAACGAUGAAGACGGACUGGAUACACAUGACGAACAUGAACAUGAACAUGAAAAUGAUGGAUCACCUUCAAAUUCAAGACGAAAUAGUGAUAAUUCGCCUAUAUCCAAUCGAGCUCAAGAAAACCCCGGAGAUGCAGAUCAAGUGGAUGAAGAAAAGAAAAUCGAAGGUAACAAAUCAAGAAAUGGUAAAAAGAAAGAAGUGGAAUUACAAGAUCAAACAAAUCUACUACCUGUUAAACAAGUCAUAGCUGUAUUUGCUGGUUUGACAUGUGCACUAUUUUGCUCAUUAUUGGAUCAAACUAUCGUUACAACAGCUUUGCCCACGCUGGGGAAAGUAUUUAAUCGAGCAGAUAUAAGCUCAUGGGUCGGUACGGCUUAUCUCUUGACGUCAACUACGGCACAGCCUAUUUAUGGCCGAGUCUCAGAUAUCUUUGGACGGAAAUUUACCUUACUCGCGUGUCUAUUGGUUUUCCUUUUGGGUUCUUUGGCCUGUGCUUUAGCUCAAUCGAUGGUCCAACUCAUCAUCUUCCGUGCGAUUCAAGGUAUCGGAGGUGGUGGUAUCUUAACAUUGUCAAUGAUUAUCAUAUCCGACGUGGUCUCGAUCAAAGAGCGAGGUAAAUAUCAAGGUAUAACCGGUGUCGUGGUUGCUCUUGCCAAUUCAUGUGGACCAAUCAUCGGAGGUCUAUUUACCGAAAGAGUCUCUUGGAGAUGGUGUUUCUAUAUCAACCUUCCUCUCACUUCUUUGGCUAUUGUCAUCAUCAUUUUCCUAUUACCACUUAAAAGGGUGAAAGGAUCGAUGUGGGGCAAAAUCAAGAAACUCGAUUUCUAUGGAUCAUUUCUUACCCUUGGAUGGGCAUCACUGAUACUUAUCGCGAUAUCAUGGGGAGGUUCACAAUACUCUUGGUCUUCCGCCGCUGUUCUAGCUCCCCUUCUGAUUGGAAUAGCAUUACUCGUUGCUUUCAUCAUCGUCGAAUGGAAAGUCGUCAGUCUACCUUUAGUCCCCAUGAGACUAUUCAAGAAUGGUUCGGUGGCCGCAUGUUACAUUACUACCUUAUUCAACGGAAUGGCAUUUUACGCUUCGUUAUAUUAUCUUCCACAAUAUUUCCAAGUUGUGAAAGAAGUUUCAGCAAUUAGAUCAGGUGUAUUAACAUUACCAUUAAUGUUAGUUCAAACUUGUACAGCAUUCACAUCAGGUAUGAUUCAAUCGAAAACAGGUGAUUAUUGGUGGAAUUUAGUUAUUGGAUUUAGUAUUUGGACCAUAGGUUUAGGUUUAUUAUCUUCAAUCAAACCUGAUACAUCAGUCGGUUUAUUAUCUUUAUAUCAGAUUAUAACAGGUAUAGGAGCAGGUCAAACUUUUCAAACUUCUUUAGUAGCUAUUCAAUCUGGUGUGUCAAGGAAAGAUAUGGCUACUGCAACUGGACUAAGGAAUUUUCUCAGAAUGUUAGGUGGAACUAUAUCCUUAGCUGUUGGAAGUGCUAUAGUCAAUAAUCGAGUUAAAAGUAAUUUGAAAGGAAUACUAACGGAUCAAGCUUUCGAUACUAUCUUAUCUGAUCCUACUCAACUGAAGAACUCAGGUUUGACUUCAGAUCAAAUCAAUGCUGUUAUUCAAGCAUACACUAAAGGAAUCAAUGGUGUGUUCUAUUUCACAACUCCGGUUAUCGGAUUAUCAGUCAUAAUCACUUUACUUUUCGUCAAGAAUAUAAAAUUGAAGAAAAGUGAAGAUGAAGCCGUUAAAAAAGCUGAAGCGAAAGCCUGGAUCGAAAGUAAAAAAGCCAAAAAAGCAGCUAAAAGAGGUCAUCACGAUCACGAAGAUGAUCAUGCGAGAUCAUCAGAAGAUAACGAUGUCGAUGAUGACGAUGAUGAUGACCAGGAACAUUCCGAUCAUAAUGAAGAAAAAUCUUCUUCUCAAGGUAAAAAUAGAAGUAGAACAGAUAGUGAAGAUACUGUAACAGAGUCUACGGAUCAUACUACAACGAAAGAGAUCAAGGAUGAGUUCAAAGAUGCCAGUAAGGAAAUGACGGAAGCUUCUGCUGGACCUGAAACUACCAAGAUCACAUAA